AAGUUUCGUCCAAUUCUGUGAUUGGUCCAUUAAAGUGCGGGAAAUACAAAAGUGUAAACAUAUUUUUAAUUUUAAUCAUAAUAAUGGAAAUUAAAACGGUGUCAAACAAUAUCAAACUUCUUCUUGAGAGAAGAAUUAAUCCCACUAUAAUUCAAAAAAACAAAAUUACUAAUAAAAAAUCCAAAAGAGGACGUGAUAUUUUAUGUUUUAAUGAUUUAGAAUAUACCAUCCAUAGAGUAAUAAAUGCCACAUCGUAUUACAGGUGUAGACAAAGGAGUUGCUUAGGAUGGGGUAUUUUACAAUCAGGUAGGUUCACAGAGAUGCAGGAUCAUACCAUAGAACAGUGUAAAUCACAUAUUGGCAAUAUGUUUACUCCAUGUCAACCCUUAGUAACACAGAACAUGCAACCUGUUAAUGCCAUAUCAAGCAAUAUAUGUGCCCCAUCUCAACUCUCUGUAGCAAACUACCAAACAACUAUAACUAGCAAUAUGUUUACUCCAUGUCAACCCUUAGUAACACAGAACAUGGAACCUGCUAAUGCCAUAUCAAGCAAUAUAUGUGCCCCAUCUCAACUCUCUGUAGCAAACUACCAAACAACUAUAACUAGCAAUAUGUUUACUCCAUGUCAACCCUUAGUAACACAGAACAUGCAACCUACUAAUGCCAGAUCAAGCAUUAUAUUAACUCAAUCUCAGCUAUUACCAGCAUUUAAUAUACAACCUACAAUAUCUAGUACAGAAGAUGUAAAUAAUGCCCAAAUGCUAUUAGAAUAA